AUAGUCAUCAUCAGCACCAAGAUUUAGACGGUUUGUUUACAUUUCUCGUGCAGUGCUGCAGGAUUAUGACUUAAGGAGAAGAGACUUGGUGAAGAAGCAUGGAGAAUGAAAGGAUAAGAUGCAGGAAGUGCCGCAGUGUGCUACUGUCUGAGACCAAGCUAUGUGUGCUUGAUGCUCAUGGGAAGGAGUACCAUGACACAGUUGUGGAUGAAACCAAUAACCCUGAAUGCACCUGCCCUUCAUUAAUGGAACAUAGCUGCCUCUAUUUAUCAGAAGAGUCUUUCCCUGACUUUGUACUGCAAGCCAUAGAAGAGAGCUCGUGGACCAAGGGAAAGGUAUAUUGCCCAGCUUGCCAGGCACGACUUGGCUCCUUCAACUUUGUGUCAGGGAGCCAGUGUGCCUGUGGAUCACACGUUCUUCCUCAAGCACACAUUCUGAAAUCAAAGGUUGAUUGGAUGAAAGUCAAUGAAUUGCUUCCACAUCCUGUGUCAUUUCCAAAUCAAUCUGUUGUACUGUGUGCUUCCACAUUGCCUCUGGAUGAGUCCAGCCAGGUUUCUCCUUCGGAAGCGAGUGAUGUAAAAGAAGGUGCUGCCACUGUUGUUCCCAGAAACUUCACUGAUCUACAGCCUACUGACGUCCCUCCAGAAGACACUUCUUCCAGGUCUUGGAAGAUGAUGGAUGGAAAGUCAAUCAAUAAGGUGAAGCACAGGAAGCAAGAUAGAAAAAGAAUUACCCUGAUACAACUGCUUUUGGUGAAGACAUUCCUUCUGUCUUCCAUUUGCUUGAGAGUUAUAUUUGAUAUAUAUGGAGGUAAAGAAUAUUGCAUUGAUGGUUCCAGCUCUGAAGAGAAUGAAAGAAAUGUCCCAGACAACUUGUUGUGUCCGGUGUGCCUUGACAUAUUGUACAGUCCCUUAGUGACAAAACCCUGCGGCCACAUCUUCUGUGAACCAUGCUUGCGUCGCAUGGCCCGACCCAACCCCACAAGCACUCAUUGCCCACUGUGCCGCCAGAUUAUUGGACAGUGCAUGCCUUGUCCUGAGUUGGCACAUGAUGUUCGAGAAAGGUUCUCUGAUCUUUAUCAGAAGAGGCGCAACUUUGAACUUCAGCACAACAGUCAACACCUGCCAUUACCAUGGAUUAGAAAUUACAGAUUGAGGAAUGCCUAUAACACUGGUGGAAGCUGGGUGGAGUGGGCGGGUGGCUGGCGUGCUGUUGUUGCAAUGAUGUCAUUGAAUAUUUUAGGUGUUGGCAUUGUACUCUAUCUUGGGAAGGAAGUCCAAACUCAGUCAGAACACAGAAUGAUUUGAGUGGUUUGCCUUUACUUCAUAAAGAUAGAUAGACAGAUAAAGUGACUGCUAGAUAAAUAGACAGAUUAUGAGUUGAGUUGAGUUGAGUGUGGUUCUCAUCAUAAGCUGUCACAAGUCAGAUUGAAUCAAACACAGAAGAUUUCCUAUUUAACACUUCAGCUUUGCUGUAUAUUUAUGUAAAAAUUAACUAUCUUAAUCAAUUGGGAAAUUGUUUAUUUAUGUAAUACAGCAUGUAAUUAGUAAUGGUUUAACUGACAUAUUGCAACUGGCAAUUACUUGGUAGUGAAGCCUUGUGUGUCAUGUCAUCUUACCUUAACACAUUUGCCUGUUAUGACUCUCUGUCACAUCUUGGGGUUGCACUUUGUCCAUUGGUAUAUUUAAAUUUCUGAUGAUGUGAUCAGCUUUCUUUGUUAUUACAACAAUGAUAAUAUUUUGUACAAUGCAUGUUUAAUCAAACAGGUUUAUUUUUUUAUCUAUUUAUUUACAUGUUUUAAGUUAACUUAAUUUUUUUUUUUAAAUUAAAGGCAACAAUAAGGCAGCUAAGAUAAAGAAAACCUGCUCUGAAAAAGACACUCCUGAAAGCAAAUUUGUCAAAAAGAAUUGUUGGUUAUAAUCUGUAAAUUUUUUUUCCUAUAUUGAUUGGCUUUCACUGUCAUUACACCAGCAGUGAGAAAAUUGUAAUAACUUUCCAUAUAUAACAGUAUAAGUCAUUGAUGAAUAUUGGUAUCAAAGCAGCAAAGCAUGUGUUGUUGUUGUGAAAUACUUAAUGUCUGCUAAUCCAUGAAAGCUAAGGGACACUAUAGGGGUAUACAUAUAACCCUAACAUGUAUAUUGCAAAAGAA